AUUGUAAAAUUUUAGAUUAAUAAAGAGAAAUUCUCUAGAGAAUAUCACGUGAUCUGUAAUGGAAGACAAACCGCCCAAGCAAAGAAGUCUAUUUGUGACAAUUUUUAUUGUUUCAACACUCGGAGUAAAAUGAUUAAUUUGCAAGGAAUCUGUUAGGGUGGCUUUGCUUCGAGUAGUCACACUGCAAAAAAAGUGUAAAGAAAAAACAUUUGUGGCAGAAACAACUAUUCUUUAAAACGCCAAGCGAAGAAAUAACACCUUUAAAUGACUAGAUAAUUUCGUGUUGAUCAAUUAAUAAUUCAAAGAGGAGAGCCCUCUAACAACAUGACAGGUGGGAGAGAAUACAUUAGAAAGCAUCAAUGCGUUUUAGCAAUCUUGCCUUCUGUUUUUUAAUUAACACUGACAUGCAAUUCAGUGUUUCCAUUGUUAGGCGUUUCGAUGUUUAGGCGGCUAAGAAAACCAAUUGUCUAAAGACUGCUGUGUCAUACCUCUAUCAAGACUUCACAAUGAGCUCUCUUCCAUCUGCAGGAAGGAUCACAAUUCAUUAAAGUCACGGAGAACUAUAGAAUCGAGGGAAACUGGCCAUUAUUUUGUUGCGAGAACCGCUGGAAGAAGAUUCAAAGCUUUUUUCGACAUCUGACGUGUGUGAACUGAAAUGGUUUCCACAACCGCAACCGUGACCGGCGAAAGAGCGAAUGUUUCAACAAUAGCUUUUACUUCAAGAGAAACGAGUGAUAAUGAAGAAGUAACUUCCUUGAGUCCACUUGCAAUUGGUUUAAUCCUCGAAUCAGGCAUUCUGGCAGUAGCCCUCGGAAAUCUUUUGGUCCUCCUUUCAUUGAAGUUCCAAAAACAUUGGUUGAUCACAGAUGUUCUUCUUCUUUCACUGUCAACGGCUGACUUCGUCGGGGGAGCUUUCGCUCUUCAAAUUGUCAUUUUCAUGAAUUAUUUCCUUCUGCAGAAAUGGACAGCGUUCAACUGCGGCUUGUAUAUUGUGGUAGUGCAUUCACUUCGCUUUGCUUCUGCGGGAACAGUGACACUUAUGGCAAUCGAUCGAGCGUUUAUGAUCUUAAAGCCGUUUAAAUAUCGUACAACCAUCACAACUUCAAGAGUAAAGAAACUCGUUGUAUUCACUUGGGUCGGCGCUAUUUUGUUCGCAAGCUUGCCGUUUAUGGGAGUCGGAAAAUCGGGUUAUAAAGAUGGCAAAUGUCUUUAUCAUUUGACAGACUUGGGUAACACGUACUCAGUACUUAUUCUAACCGUGUCGUUUCUCUUACUAACAUCAGUGUUAGUUUGUUACUUUGCAAUUAAAUCUUCAAGUACAAAGUUUAUUCAACGGCAGACAAGAAUGGACAUUAAAAACAAGAGCGCUGGAACAGACGCGACUCGCGGGUCGAGUCCCAAGGUGCCCGGGUGCGAGAAGCCAAAGGAAAGACGGAAAAGCAACCCCUCAGGUGUCAGGGAGAUUCAAAGACUGUCGCGUAUGAUGGCUGUUGUUGUUUUUCUCUACUAUAUCAGCUGGCUGCCCAUGUUGAUCAGCAACAUCGUAACCUUGGCAACAGACCGGAGGUCUAGCAAGCUUGUCGUGCUUCUCACAGGAAUGGUGUCUCUUAUCUACGCCCUGGCAAACCCUAUCAUCUACGGCAAAAUGAGCAUGCGCUAUUGGUGGGCCUACAAGCGUGUGUUUGGAGCAGCGUGUGGGGUUUGCAAGGAGAAACCAAGAUCUUGGAGCAUUUCAUUUUCAACCAAAAGUACAAGUCGUUCACGGACUCUGACAAAUCCACAACUCCCCAAGGAACAAGAGUUCCACGAAAACGGCAUCAACAACGUACGGUCUGGGGACCAAACAACCGCGCAUGGGCAAGCUCAAGGCACCUCUGAAGUGCAGCCUAGUCGUGUGAUAGAAGGCUCAGAUGACAUCACAGAUGGUGUCGUUGUUGAUUUCCGUAGUGAGAGAGACAGUACAUUCAAUAGUGAAGUCACAAACAAAGAAGAGGCAAACAGUUCUUUCUUGUCAAAUGAUUUGUUACUCUAAGAUAAGACUAGAAUUGUUAACUGGACUUUUUCAGUAUAGCGUUAUAUCUUUAUACAUGGACGACUUUGGCUUAAUUAAUGUUCGACUGUAAAUAGUCGUUGUUUUAGACAGUAGAGCGAAGCGCGAGCCAGUGGAAUUCAGAUUGCCUCUACUUUCUAGACUAUGUUUGUUUAAAAAAUGCUAAGCAAAAUUUCCUCGGCCUACUCUGGACAUUUCCGUUCGGACUAAGACUAGGUAUCAGUUAAGCGUUGCAGAACGCCUGGUGUCAAUUGGUUAUUUGAGAAAUCGAAAGUGGCUAGCGUGGUCUGUACUCUUAUCGGCAACGAUACGCGUCAUCACAGUGGUCAAAAUGUUGUGGACUCACGAGGCUCACAAAUUUUGGAGGAAAACAGCAAAUUUUGCAGGAAUCUCAGUGACCAAUCACAAACACGGACUUAAUUUUCAACUGACAUCAUCAUUUCACCAGAAGAAGAGAUGGGCUCCUGAUGUAAGGUAACUCCCUUUUCUUCCUUGCCGAUGUGCGCUCAUGUAGACCGGAACUGACCUGCUUCGCGGGAAAAGAAGCCUAAAAAUAGAUCGCUCUGUAAAAAUGCCAUAACAUAGGUUUAGUAUGUUAGUUG